AUGUCACAAGGGAAAAAACGGUCAUACAAAGAAGCUUUUCUACAAUGGGGGUUUACUAAGUUUGUUGAUAAAAGUGUCGAGAAGCCUCAAUGUGUUCUGCGCAACAAAGUUCUCACAACAGAAAGUAUGAAACCAAGCAAAUUAAAAGAACAUUUUGAGAGAAGUCAUUCUCAGGUUGCAGAAAAAGAUAUUGCAUUUUUCAAACGUAAAGAAGAUGCGUUAAAAAAUGCAAUGAAAACAAAAGCAAGAAACCGAUUAAACUUGGAACACGACCUAAGAUGUGCAUUGGCCGAAACUGAACCGAAUAUUAAAGAAAUUGUUAGAAAAAAGCAAUAUCAACCGUCUCAUUAA